AAUAUUAAGAUGGAAGGUGACAAAAGUUGUGUAAUUUAUUGUGAUAUAUUUAGAAGAUCGUUGAUCAUUGAUUCAACUCCCUCUGUGGUUAUUUACCAUAGUAACUUAUGUGUAAAUUACCCAGAAUUGAAAAAAGGUCCAAAUAAGACGGACUUUACAGUAUACGGUUUAGUGGCCCUAUAAAUUACGGUUUACUAGCCCUAUAAACUACGGUUUAUUGGCCCUAUAAUCCAACAACAACAAUACACACUUUCACCACUAUUAUUAUUAUUUAUUAAAUAAAGUUUUUAAAUAUAUUAUAAAUGUCUCUUCUUUGCUACGAUUGUGUAUUUAAAUGCAGGUGCUUGCCUAAGAACCCAGUAUUACUCUGCAUAAAUGAUGGAGCUUUUUCCCCUUUCAUCUAAAUUUGCCAUGAUGUAUGGUUAAUGAUUCAGUGGAAGUUACAGCUUAAAACGGGUAUCAGAAGGUGUGAAUCACCAUGAACAUAUUAACUCUAAUGGGAGUACAACACACUCUUCCAGUACGACGCAGAAAGUUUAACAGGGUGCUGAGGUCAACUGCGACUUGUCUAGUAUUUACUAGUUUUGUCGUCUGGGUUGUGGUGCCCCUCGUCUUUCACUACUCACCAAGGGUGCAACGCUUUUUCAUCUUUCUUAACACAGUUGGCAGCCAAGUAGAUUUAAGCAAACCAGAAAGUGUUGGUCUACUCGGAACUCGUAAUUUUUAUAUGACGACUGAUAAAGAUGUCUCAGUUGGAAUAUGGCACAUCCUGCCAGGAUCUCUGGUUCAGUUUGCUCCCGACAUAGGAUCUUCCGAGCGGGACUUGUGGUAUGAGCAGAGCUUGAGAGACAGUAAGCCUGUCAUCCUUUACUUACAUGGUAACAAAGGAACCAGAGGAGAACAUCAUAGAAUCGAACUGUAUCGUGUACUUCGUGAAAUGGAUUAUCACAUUAUCACUUUUGAUUAUAGAGGCUAUGCAGAUUCUUCAGCUGUUGACCCAGAUGAGGAUGGUCUGGUAAUGGAUACUAAAGCUCUCUUUAAUUAUCUACUUGACAAUGCUGGCACUUCUCCAGUCUUUGUUUGGGGUCACUCACUUGGUACUGGUGUAUCAUGUCACGCGGUGUCAGAGUUGUGUAUGGAGAAGAAGUGUCCACAAGGCUUAGUGUUAGAAGCCCCUUUUAACAAUCUCCAAGAUGAAGUAAGACUUAAUCCUCUAUCCCAGGUGUUUUACCACUUGCCAUAUUUUGACUGGGCCUUCGUAGAUCCUCUGCAAGACAUUGGUGCCGAGUUCCAGAGCGACAAACACAUCGUCCACAUUACGAGUCCAGUUAUCAUUCUUCACGCUCAAGAUGAUUAUGUUGUACCUAUUGAACUGGGGCAGAAGCUUCAACUUGCAGCACAGCAGAGACAACUGCCAGAAGAAUAUUCUCUCAAGUUUGUUGCAUUUGAUGGCAAAUUUGGUUACGGUCACAAUAACAUACCCAAAGCACCUGAAUUUAUUGCAGUUAUAAGAGAUUUUGUCAGCAGUGCAGAAAGAAUUGGUAAAAAACAAAGGACCAACAUGAACCAAAAUGUUUAGAUGGAAAAUAUAAAUAAUAUUAACGGUAAAAAUAAAUAACCCAAGAUAAAUUUUUGGAUUCACAUCUUUUCCUGUAUUAUAAAAAAAAAUAAACAUUAUUAGAAGA